ACAAUUUUCCAUUUUUAGAAAUUGUUCAUAGCCAUAGGGGCCCACGUAAGUCAGGACUUUGCAAGAUAUUGAUAUAUCAAGGGCAUGCAUGGGGGGUCAGAAGAUUUUGAUUUCCCACAUUUUCAGAAACAAUACUUGUUAUAUCAUCGAAACAGACCGAAAUAAUUUUCUUAAAAGUGCGUAUUCACCAAUCUCCCAAUGCCCGUCUCCUGAUAAAAAUAGAGGAUAGCCAAAUAGAUAUGGGAUCAACAGAGUUUAAAGCAACCUCGUACCUAGGGUCUUUUCUCCCCACGAGUAGAGUAAAGACCCUGGGCACGAGGUUGAGUUUAAAGUAGCUAUAGUGACGUGGUGCAAUUUUAAUAGUUUGUUUAUUUGAUGAGUAUAUCACUAUGAGUUACUAUUACGUUAUACGCACUGCAUAAGGGUAUAUUUUCGACUCAUCGUAAAUAGUUUAAAUAUUUUAUUUUCAACGGCUUCUCAAAUGCAAAGAGGAUAAGCUUGCAGAAUUCACCUGUUCCGACAGCCCAGUUGACAUCACUGACUGUCUAAUGUCUGCUGGGUACUCGCAUGUCAGCAUUACAGAAGAUCGAAGAAUCCUUGCAUUUGAAUGCUGUCUAACAUAUGAAGUGUUAACGAAGCGAUUAGUUUCAUUAGAUGACAUGAGAAAAGGCUUAUCAAGUGUUCGUGUGACUGGGCAAACGUUACUGGAUCUCUUGGCGAAAUGGCCCGAGUUGAAACAGCGAGUGUUUCCCGCCCCGGAGGUAGAAGUUAUUGAUGCAGCAAGUCUGCGCUCGUGUUUGUUUUACAAGAGAGAUGAUUCGGCAAAUGAACAGACUCGAGAAUUUUUCGACAAAUAUAUUGACGAACUGAGUGCGAGACAAGGGGAUCCGAAUCUUGAGACGCUUAAUGAUCUAGUAAUGUUUUGGACAGGAUUUUCGACGCUGCCUUUUGAUGAUUCAACACUAACAGUGGCAUUUCUAGAAGCUGUUCCGUCAAAACCAUUACCGGAGGCAAACACGUGUCCAAAAGUUCUUUCAAUUCCAACUAUUCAUAAAAACUAUGAGGAAUUCAGAAAUUUAAUGGAUAAAAGCAUUUCAUAUGGGAAACGUGGUUUUGGCAAAAUGUAAAUAUCCUGCAAUAACAUCAGUUUUAAAUUAACUGUAUGCAGCCAGUGCCCUACUGUAGCUUUUUGUUAUAAUGGAUGGUUAUUCUUUUAACAAGUAAACUUGUCUGAAAAUUUUGAUGA